AUGGAGGACAGACAGGUAAACAUCGCAAUCACAGGCACAGGAGAUGCUCUGGGCGCCGAGGGAAGGAUGGGGGGGGGGGGGGGGGGACAGGGAGGACAGGGGGGAGAGGAGGGGGGACAGGGGGGAGAGGAGGGGGGGGGGUCUGGCCCCUCCUCAGAGGCCACGCAGCCGCUCCACAGAGGGCCACGCAGCCGCUCCUCAGAGGCCACGCAGCCGCUCCUCAGAGGCCACGCAGCCGCUCCUCAGAGGCCACGCAGCCGCUCCUCAGAGGCCACGCAGCCGCUCCUCAGCUUUUUUUAUUGA